AUGGAUGUGUCUGAUCUCGUGAAAUUAAAGCCCGAUACUUUGCAGGUGGUUCUUCAAGAAAUCGGUUUGGGCAAGCCUGGUGAAAUAGAAGAUGCUAUUGAAAAACUCAAGGAGUGGAUACAUCAGCAACCACAUUUUAAGAAACGGGACUAUCAUGAGCACUUUCUCAAAACCACGAUCAUCAUGUCAGGUUCACUAGAGCGCGCGAAGAAGCAAAUUGAAAAAAUGUGUACGAUGAGAACAUUUUGUCCAAAAAUCUUUGGAGUCCAGAACGUUAAAAAGGAAUUUUCUUAUAUACUCGAACAUGGGUCUUUUAUAACAAUGCCCGAAAUCACCGACCAAAACCAGAGAGUUUUUAUCGCUAGCGUUCACGGAAAAAUAUCUAAUUCUUCGCAACUAACAGAUUUUUAUCGAUAUGGAUUUUGCUUUGGCGAAUAUCUGAAAAGACACGACUGCAUUGGAAAAUAUCACUACAUUUUUGAUCUUAGACAAGCAAACAUGAUGGAAUUAUUAGCUGUCAGCAAUCCACUUGAAAUGAAGCAGAGCUUCACGAUUCUAACGGAAUGCUAUGGAGUUAAAAUCAAAGGGAUUCACUUCGUAACAAAAUCGAAACUCAUCGAAUCCUUCUUCACAAUACUGAAACAGUUUUUGAAACCAAAGAUGGUUCAACGUCUACAUCACCACAGCAGUACUGAUACCCUGGUCGAGAUCAUGGGAGAGAAGUUCCUCCCGAGUGAUUUGGGUGGCACUGGUCCGUCAACUCGGGAACUUCACAACAAAUGGGUGGAAGCAUUAUCUUCCGAGGAAAGCACGAAAUUUUUCCAAGAGAUGAACGAAGCUCUCAUCGACGAAAGCCUAAGAUCCACUUUUGAAUUAAGCGAGGAAUAUGCUGGGAUGGCCGGCAGCUUCAGAACCCUCACCGUAGAUUAA